GAACGUCGCUUCUAAACAAAGGCAGUUGCCCUGCAGAGUAACGGUCGCGCGGCGCAAAGGCAGCCAGGAGCGGAGGAGGCGGCAGCCAGCAGGGCUUGGCAUCAUCUGCUGAGGCUUAAACUGUAGGAGCUUCUGGGCAGGAAAAAGAAGCACUUCUUCGCUUGCCAUGAAAUACAGCUAUGGCUGCCGAUUGGAUGGAUUUGAAUUGGCAACCACAAAAAUCAGAGAGAAGCAAUGGAACAAUGGAUGGGACCUGAUCAUUACCAAUGGACCUCAAUGAGCCAUGAUGAUCAGCUCAAAGAAGUUGCAAUGCAAUUUAUUCGUCUCUGUGCAGAACAGGGAGAUGGUGAUAGUCCAAGGCAGCCUUGUCUUGUGUCUCAACCAGACCCCUAUGCAAAAGCCUCAGUGGCCUCUUUCGCCAGACAUGUGCAUCAUCCUGUGAAGGUCAGACAGCCUCAGGCAGAACCCACCCUGCAGCCAGCGACUCCCGAGGAUUCCAGCGUUUCCAGAAAACCUAUAAUGAAAAGGAAGGUUUUAAGGCACACGGCUGAUGGAGAAGUACAGGUGACAGAUGAGUCAGUCGUUAGCGAAACCCAAUCCAGCAGUCCAAGUGACCCUGAGUACAGUGAGCUCAGUCAGAAUCUGAAAACCCACCAAGAAGAAGAGCCUGAGGAGGAGUGUGAACAAAACAGUUCCUCACAGUCAGAAACUCCCUCUUCCCUGAGAGCUACAGAAGAGAGCCAGAGCCACAGUUCCCAAAGAUGGAGUGAGAGCCGCAGCACCUUUGAGCAGGAUUUGAUCUUUUCUGGCCACCCCAAGUCUUUCAUACCACCAAAAUUCGACCAACUAAGCCGGAACAGGAUGAAGACUGAUCGAGUAGCCCGUUACUUGGAGCAUAAGCAUGACUGGGAGUUACUACGACUACCAGGGGAAGAUCCCAGGAAAGGUGUGCGCUGGAGCAUCCGGGAGCAGAUGCAAUACAAGUCAGAAUUGCCUCCUAGAGCUCAUCAUGUUUAUAUCCCCAACAAUUACCUUGUGCCUACAGAAAAGAAGAGAUCUGCUCUCCGCUGGGGAAUACGGUGUGACCUGGCAAAUGGAGUAAUACCUAGGUAUUCCUAUUCCUCCUAGGAAUCCAGCAUCUUUACAGCUCCUUCCACAAGAGUGGGCAUUACUUAGCAUUGCCCAAAGAUCUGCUUACUCUGAACUAUACUGUCUUGUCUCUUUUGAACCCAAAUACUCCUGCUUUUUGGUUUUAAAUCUGUUCUUGGUUUCAGAGUUGGGAAUUCCUGGGCAGAAAAUUCUUGUACUUUUGUGAAACAACUGCCCCACAUAGGAUACAGUACAGAUAAUCUAUUUAGCUCAAGAGUAAUAACUUUUAUUCUUGAUUGCAAGAUCUUGAAACCAAUUCCCUUUCCCUAAAGAUGUGAACAUCCUGUAUGAUUUCACAGAUUUUAUAAUUUUUUAACUUCUGGAUGUAUGGAUUAAAUUAAAAGUGUGUGGACUGAAA